AUGGACACGUCUUCUACAUCAUUCGACACAGAGCCAACAAGACAGACUUACUGCAGUGCGUUGAUCAAACGCUGGCUAGGAGAGCCCUGGAAGGUCAACGCCGCUAAAGGACCCUUGGUAACUAGCGUGCCCCAUAUCUGCAUGCGAGACGAGACGGGCGCCCGCUCCGAGAGAACUUCGACUACAAAACACCCACCAAUUCAAGCCUUUUGGCUCGGCCCUGGUCCACGCACAUGUCAACAUGGCACACAUGUGGCUCGUCAGAGCUCAUCAAGGCUCCAGGGACAGCACCGUCCUGCGCCCCUCUGCCGGUACGCCAUUGCCAUCAUGCUAAAUUCUGCAGCUAUUGCUACGGGAGAAGCCGCCUCGGUGCACCUUCCCGUUGGUCCCUCAAAGCCGUUGAGUAUCAGCGCUUCUGUCUUGCAUGGUCCCCGCGAUCUGCGGAUGGAAACUAGAAUCAUUGAGGCUCCAGCAGCAGGUGAACUUCAGAUCGCUGUCAAAGCAACAGGUAUCUGCGGCUCGGACGUUUCCUACUACAAAAAAUUCGCCAAUGGUGAUCUUUGUGCCUGCCAUCCAUUAUCCCUAGGUCACGAAUCUUCCGGCGAAGUUGUUGCUAUUGGUCCACAAGUGAACGGCUUCAAGCUGGGAGACCGAGUUGCUCUUGAGGUCGGCGUUGCUUGUGGAAACUGCGGUACUUGCCGCAAAGGUCGGUACAAUCUGUGCAAAAAGCUGCGUUUCAGGAGUAGUGCCAAAACCUAUCCUCAUUACCAAGGCACACUUCAAGAGAGGAUCAACCAUCCUGCCGUUUGGUGCCAUAAGCUUCCGGAUAACGUCUCAUAUGAGGCCGCCGCUCUGCUUGAGCCAUUGUCUGUAGCUAUCCAUGCAGUGAACCGUGCAAGACCAGAGCCUGGCUCUACUGCUCUUGUUAUCGGAGCCGGCACCGUUGGAUUGCUGACCGCCGCAAUGGCUCGCCAGUCGGGCUGUACUUCAGUGACUAUCACAGACAUUGACGCUGGCCGUGUCAACUAUGCCGUCAGCCAAGGAUUCGCGACGCACGGGUUUGUGACUCCCAUCUCACGUUUAAAUUCGUCCAACUACUCUUCUGGAAUAUCUACACCAGCCACUGGCGCCUUGUCGCCUGCCAGCACGUUUUCGACGGCAAGCCGCUUUGACGGAGCAAAAUCUCUGGCUACAGACAUACUUGCCUCUUCGAACUCCCCUGGCUCAUUCAUCCUUGAAGAGGAUGAGGAUGGCGUUGAUGUUACAUUUGAAUGCACUGGAAAAGAGGUUUGUAUGCACACAAGCCUGUACGCAACCAAAGCUGGUGGUCAAGUCAUCAUGGUGGGCAUGGGAACUCCUAUCCAGACUCUCCCUUUGUCGGUGGCCCACCUUCGGGAGAUUGACAUUUUGGGCGUAUUCCGAUAUUCCAACACCUAUCCUACCGGAAUUCGGCUGCUAUGUUCCCAAGCCGCGAACCCAUCUGGCUGUGGUCUGCCUUCACUAGACGGCAUGGUGACGCACCGAUUCAAGGGACUCGACAAGGCACAGGCGGCUUUUGAGCUUGCGACACGCACCAGCGAUGAUGAGGGUAACCUUGUUUUGAAGAUUGUGAUUAAAGCAUGA